CUUCCUCUUCGAUCUCCACACAACUCAUUCAUUCACUAGUUUUCUCUAUACAUUCCAUAUCUUUCGUUCAGCUUCAGUUUCCAUGUCAGAGAAACAAGCUCACUUGAACGGGGCCUACUACGGCCCCUCAAUCCCGGCAAAAGAGGCCUACCACCGCCCCGGCCGUGGCGGAGGUCCCCUCGUCUGCUGCUGCAGCUGCAUCUUCGGUCUCGUCUUCAAGCUCAUCUUCACCGCAGUCGUCUUCAUCGGAAUAGCCUUCCUCGUCUUCUGGCUCAUAGUCCGCCCCACCAGAGUCAAGUUCCACGUAACAGAUGCCACGCUCACACAGUUCAACUUCUCCUCCGACAACAACCUCCAUUAUAACCUCGCUCUGAACCUCACCAUCCGAAACCCCAACAAGAAGAUCGGCGUCUACUAUGAUCGCAUUGAAGCCCGAGCUCUUUACGAGGGCCAGAGGUUCAGUACGGUUACUCUUACCCCAUUUUACCAAGGCCACAAAACCACAAACGUUUUGAACCCGGUCUUUCAGGGACAGCAAUUGCUUGUUGGAUCCGAAUUGCUUGAGGAUUUCAAUGAACAGAAGAGUACUGGGGUUCAUGAGAUUGAGAUGAAGCUUUAUCUGAAGAUUCGGUUCAAGUUGGGUAGAAUCAAGACCGGGAAGUUCAAACCUAGGGUCGAAUGUGAUUUGAAGGUUCCUUUGAGUCAGAGUGGAAAAGCAGUUGGUACUUUUCAGACUGAGAAGUGCUCCAUCGAUUACUUCAAUUGAUAUCUUCUGAUCGUCUAUAUAUAUCAGAGCAGAGAACUUCAUUGAUCAUGCGUCCUUCGACAUUCACAAUAUUUGUGAUCUUGUUCAUCCAGUAGCAUUAGACUAUUGUACCUAUAUAUAGCCAUGAUUUUCAUUCAUUUUUUGGUGUACGUAAUACCUAUGAUGAUCCGAGUGCUUUUAUAUACAGUAAACCUUUACAUUAUAUAUAUAGAUAUAUGUCUGUUAUAGUCGAUCGUGAAUCUCAUCAUAUAUGAAACCAGAAAUAGAAACUUGAUCUGAUUAAAUCC